AUGACUAGGAGGUCCAACAAGGACAACCUAGUUGAACAUCCAGAGAUAGACAAGCUUGAGAAGCAACUUAGGAAGCAGAAAGCCCAAGAGAUGGCCGACGAAGCAGCUCGCGCUCACGCCGCUGAAGUGGCGCGCGCUCAAGAAGAAGGAAGAGAUCCACCUCCUCCUCCUCCUAAUCCACAAGACCCUGCUGGAGAUGUGAACGCACAACCCCAAGCUGGAGCACCUACAAUCGGAGACUAUGACUCUGCCGAUGCUUUCUUCAUGGAUAGAAACCCUAUCCAUCCACCACCACCUGCAAGGAAUGACUAUGAGAUCAAGCCUCAGAUCAUUGCAUUGGUUAGACAGAACCAAUUCAAUGGACUUCCAGCUGAGCACCCUCUUGAUCACAUAGAAAACUUUGAAGAAAUUUGCAGCACUACAAGAUCCAAUGGAGUCUCUGCUGACUACCUUAAGUGCAAGCUCUUUUCAUUCUCUCUUGGCGACAAAGCUUCAAGAUGGUUGAAGUCUCUGCCAGCUCACUCCAUCACCACUUGGGAUGAGUACAAGGCUGCAUUCAUCAACCACUUCUACACCAAACAGAGAUCAAUUUCUGUGAGAAACAAGAUCUCCACUUUUCGCCAAGGCAACAAUGAAUCUUUCUAUGAGGCGCUAGAUCGAUUCAAGGAGUACAUUAGGGACUGCCCUAAUCAUGGUUUCAAUGAGGGAAACCUAUGGAACAUCUUCUAUCGUGGCAUUGACCACAAGUACAAGCUUUCAUUGGAUACACUGCAAGCAAUGGAAACUUCAUGA